CUUCUAAGAUUAAAUUUGGUGCCAAACAGCAAAUGACGUUAACAUUGAUGAUAGAAAGAACAAAAGAAAACAUUAAAACUCUAAUAAUGUACUGGUAGCUGACCUUGACAAUUGCAUGCAAAAGAAGAAAGAAAAAUCAAAACACAAAAUUAAAGUCUAUAAAUUAAGAAUAUUUUAUGAGCUAUUUGGUUGUGUGGAAGUGAGAGAUAUGGUGGGACCACUUAGACCUCAAAUUGUGUUGUUUGGUUCUUCAAUUGUUCAACUUAGUUAUAGUGAUGAUGGUUGGGGUUCUAUUCUCACAAACUUGUAUUCUCGCAAGGCAGAUAUAAUUUUGAGAGGAUACUGUGGUUGGAAUUCAAGGCGUGCUGUGCAGGUUCUGGAUACAAUUUUUCCCAAGAAUGCAGCUGAGCAACCAUCAUUGGUUAUUGUGUACUUUGGUGGCAAUGAUUCUAUUCAUCCACAUCCAUCUGGCCUUGGUCCUCAUGUACCCCUUGAAGAAUACAUAGAAAAUAUGAGGAAGAUCAUUAUCCAUCUUAAGAGCCUGUCGAAGAAGACUCGCAUAAUAUUGCUCAGUUCUCCUCCGGUCAAUGAGGCGCAAAUUCCCGAAUCAUUCAGUAAUAUAUUGGGGCCAUUAAAGAGGACAAAUGAAUCUUGUAGACUUUAUUCAGAAGCAUGUUUGGAGUUGUGCCAUGAGAUGAAUGUCAAGGCCAUUGACCUCUGGUCUGCACUUCAGCAAAGGGAGGACUGGUCAGAUGUUUGCUUCACGGAUGGAAUUCAUUUGUCACAUGAGGGGAGCAAGAUAGUGGCAAAAGAGAUAUUGAAGGUCCUCGAAAGUGCGAAUUGGGAACCAAGUCUACACUGGAAAUCAAUGCCAAAUGAGUUUGCAGAAGAUUCACUAUAUGAUCCAGUUGCUGUAGAUGAAAAGACUACUGUAAAUGUCUCCAACUGGAGUUUCCAGAAAAAUUCCGACUGGGAAAGAGAUUUGUGCAUUUCCAAGCCAUUGAAUGGCCAUUAGUUUUUAGAAUCAGCAGUCACAGAACAGCAAGGUCUAUAAUUGAUUAAGAACAGAACAGCAAGGUCUAUAAUUGAUCAAGAAAAUAAAUUUUGGCUCCUUUAGAAUAAUUUUAGGGAAGUUAUAUCAGGUUCAUGAGCCCAAGUGUUGUGCUUUUCUUUAUUGAGUUUCAACUUCACCAUCUUAAGAUUUUAUAUUAUUUAGAUGCAUGAAUUAUGAUUUUA